CACACACACGCACCUACUCUAGCCAGCCCCUUUGUCUUGCCCUGCUCUACUCUACUCUGUGCUAUCUGUCUGUCUGUCUGUCUGUCUAUCCUUCCUUGCCCUCUGAGUCUCCACUGCUGCCCUCCCUCAUCCGCUGGGCCCUCUCCCACACAUCCACCACACCACCAAAGAAGUCCGCCUGCGCACGGUGCAGCCGCUGGCCUAUCAGCCGACACCCGUCUGCAGAAGCAUAGCCCCACCCCCCGAAGGGACACCCACGAUGCGCCUUUUCCCCGCUGCUGCCCUCAGCCCCCCGUUGCCCCUCCCCCUCCAUCUCGGCACUGCUCGGAUGUGCGUGCCUGCCCCGGGACCUCUCGUCCUUCUUGUGUGCAUGAUCUUGGCUAAGCUUCCAUUUCUCGAUGAGGGCCUCCAGGUCUUCCUCAGAUGUCGGCAGGGGGCUGGCAGAUGACGGAAGGGUCUGCAGUGGGAUGUCCGUCGAGUCUGUCGGGAUCUUCUGCAGCAGGGAGGGCGGGCGAUGGAUGAGGGGGCGGUGCACCAUUGCGAGGGAGCCGAUGGUGCUAUCCUCCUCCAUGGUGCACCUGACGUCCGGGACCUCUCCCUUGUCGAGAGAGAUCUUCUGCGCCAUCCUCAUGGAUAGAUGGCGCAGUUUCGCGAGCAAUUCUGUCUGCUGAACACUAGGACUGAUCGCUUCGCCGUCCAUUUGGC